AUCAUGGCGACGCGUCUGGCCAAGGAGAUGCGUCGGUUCGGCAUUGCGUUUGACAUUGAUGGCGUCUUGAUCCGCGGCGGGAAGGCGCUUCCGAACGCGAGCAAGCGCCUCUUUCAGCUGCAGUCGCAGGGCGUCCCGCACAUCUUCCUCACCAACGGCGGCGGCUGCGUCGAGGAAAAGAAGACGUCGAACCUAAGCACGAUCCUGAAUGUGCCGAUCGAUCCGCGCCAGAUGAUCCUCGCGCACACACCGAUGCGGGAGCUCGUGCACCAGUUUGGCGACAAGAAGGUGCUCGUCAUGGGCGCCUACGAUGUCUUGGACGUUGCGCAUCACUAUGGCUUUAAGAAGGUCGUGUCGAUUCAGGACCUCGCGCACGCGAGCCCGCACCAGUAUCCGUUCGUCUCGUGGCCCCACAAGCCGCACCACCUCGAGAACGAGCCGAUUGGCGCGAUCAUCAUCUUCCACGACCCGAUCCAUUGGGCGCAGGAUUUGCAGAUCGCCAUCGAUGCGCUCGUGGGCGGCGAUCCGCUCGGGAGCGGGCACGGGCCGCAGACGCCGCUGUUUGUGAGCAACGACGACUUUACCUUUAGCGGCGCGUACCCGGUGCCCCGGUUCGCGCAAGGUGCCUUUACGCGCUGCCUCCAGCUGCUCUACGAACAGCACACGGGCAAGACACUGGAAGUCACGCGGUUCGGGAAGCCGCACCUGGUCCAGUACGAGUUUGCCGAGCAAGUCAUGCGCGAGCAAGCGCCCGAGUGCGACCGCUUCUACGGCAUUGGCGACAACCCGUUCAGCGACAUUCAAGGUGCCAACGCCGCCGGCCACCACUGGACGUCGGUGCUGGUGCGCACCGGCGUCUUCCAAUCGGACGCCGACAACCAUGACGAGCACCCUGGCGACGUUGUCGUCGACUCGGUGGACGAGGCUGUCGAAUGGAUCUUGAUCCAAGAAGGCGUCCUCUAGAGGCGGCGAGUCGAUCGGUGGCAACCGAGCUACUUGGGUACUCGGUGUGCUAUCCAGCGACUAGAUAAGUGACGACGAGACACGGCCAUAGAAGUACUAGCUUGGAAAUCUUUUCUCAAAUGACAGCACGUUGGAGGUUGCAAGGCAUGCAUAGCCUCACCGAUAUACGUAAUCUAUAGUUGCG